AUGUUGUCAGAUAUUGAUAUAUUAGCCAGUUUUUCUCCAGAUGCUGGCACUUUUGCAUUCAAGUCUAGUGGUCUGCACAAGAAAUUUGUCGAUCUAUAUCCGCUCAGUCCAUCGACGAAUUAUAGAGUCACUAGCUCAUUAGUAAAUCAUAUCGACUAUGAAAGAGAUGAUUUGAAAAUGGAAGAACUCAAAUUUACUUCAUGGGUAAUGAGCUCAGCAGAUGGAAACUCCAUCAAAACCAAAAGAAAACUGUCCGACGAAGAGCAUCAGAGCAACGGACGUGAAAAUGCUGAGGCUUACUUUCUGACCGUUUUCCAGGGAGGUAAGAUUGUUAUAUUUUCUCCUACCGGAAAGGAGAUUUUAAAUAUCAUUCAGAACAAAAAGGAAAUAAUAGGCGUGGACACAAUUGGCCCAUUCAUCUGGAUUUUGGAUGAAGACAAGACCGUGAAGCAGUUCGGUUAUAAGUCUUCUAAAGCAUUGAAAACAUUUCACUUAACUGACGGAAAAGAUGAUGAAAUAGUAGAUUUCCGUGUUCUUGAUUUCGAUACACAUGCUUACCUAUCGAUACUUACCAAAGAAUGCGCAUACAUUGUGGAUCCGUCUAAAAGAAGGCCAACAAGAGUUGCCAAAAUAGAAAUAGUUGAUACUGUUACAUGCAAUGUGAUUGAUAAAGAGCAUAUUGCUGUAGCAGACAAGAACAAGAUCUAUCUGUACAACCUUACAAAAAAAGACGUUGUACUGUCAUGGGAAACACAGGCUUCAAAGAUAGAGAACUUCGGUGAUUACAUCAUUUCAUUAGGUGCUAAUGGAGUUUUAUCAGUGUUAGAAAAAAGCAGUACGCAUACCAAAAGUGUCAUUAACGUCUACAACUCCAAAAUAUUAGAUUUUGUAAGGGCCGAUUCUAAAAUUAUAGUUGCAUGGCUUAAUGUCAAUGAGCCUUGUUUUGAAUCAAUAAGUGUGGGUCAAAUCAAAGGAUCGAGUAAAAUUGUGUUUAAUGAACAGGAGGAAGCAGUUCCGGUACACAACGUAAGAGAGAAAUCGGAAGAGAAAAUUGAGCCCCCAAAGAGGAAAAUAUCGAAAAGUAGCCGAGACGGCGUAAUUGAAACCUUAUUGCAAGCUCUCGACGACAAUACAUCCCCUCAAAAUAUAGAAAAGAUAUUAGAGUCAGAUAAAUGGACAGAGGAGCAAAUCAAACAGGUAGUGAGUAAAAAGCUUUCCGAUGACAGUGCAUAUUUCAUAUUCGAUAUUGUAAUCAAACAGGUUGCUCAAAAUACUUGGUCGUUCAAUUCUAAUUUAAAUCACUGGUUGAAAUGGUUGCUUACGAUCCGUGAUCUAGACUUCUCAACUAACAAGACUCCAAGCCGCAAUGCUAGUAAGAACAUUAAGCAUAUCCGGUCAUCUUUAAGGGCAUGUCGUGACACAUUUCCUGUUCUCCUUUCAAUGCAGGGGAAGCUAGAAAUGUUGAGAGAGCAAUCUAGCCUCAGACAGGAGCUUUCUAAGAUCAAUAUAGAGAGUGAUAAAGAAGAUGCACCUGUUCAGAACGGAGAGGAAGAAGAGAACGACAUACUAUACGUCAAUGGAGAAGGCGAUGAAUAUGUCGAUGCUCUCGAAUAUAAUGAGUAA